AAGAUAAUUCUUAUUUAUAUUUUGUAGCUAUCUGAAAACAAUAAUUUUAUUAUAAAAGUUAAAAAGAUACAAAAAAUUAUAAUUAAAUAUUAUUCAAGAAAAAAACAUUUAUAUAAAGAUAUUUUCUAAACUAUUUCUAAGAUAUGAGUGUUUUAAAAAAUUUAACACGGGAUGUUUAGAACACGGGAUUAUACUUAUGAGAGAGUGGCUCGGGAAUGGGCUUCGAGAUGGGUCGUCAUGAGAGAAAGGUAAAUGGGGGAGACGGCGAUUAGGUUAUUCAGAGGAUGAGAAAGCUGUGUGCGCUUUGGCUUGAGUCUCAACAAUACGUAGAUUAGGGUUAAUGGGCUGGGUUGGGAUAAAGUGAAUUAUCAGAUUGAUGGGAUUAAUGGGCUGGGCUGGGUGAAAGUGAAUUAUCUGAGUUUGGCUUCACUUCGGCUGAUGGCGCAAAACAAAAAUACGGAGUCGGAGAAUGAGUUAGCGCACAGGAAGCCCGAUCGUGAUUUUAAUUUGAAGCCUAAUCUGGCAGUGACGUGGCAAUUUGAUUGGCCCUGAUUAUUUUGAGCAUGUGGCUAGCUUUAGGAAGCUUAAAAAUAGUCCCUUUUAUAUAGUGGGAAAUCAUAUAAAAUUUAUAUGUUAUAUUAAUAUUAAAUAAAUGAUUUUAAAAUAAUAUAAUAAAAUUAUCAAAAAAUUUUAAAAUAAGAUAAUUCUUAUUUAUAUUUUGUAGCUAUCUGAAAACAAUAGUUUUAUUAUAAAAGUUAAAAAGAUACAAAAAAUUAUAAUUAAAUAUUAUUCAAGAAAAAACAUUUAUAUAAAGAUAUUUUCUAAACUAUUUCUAAGAUAUGAGUGUUUUAAAAAAUUUAACACGGGAUGUUUAGAACACGGGAUUAUGCUUAUGAGAGAGUGGCUCGGGAAUGGGCUUCGAGAUGGGUCGUCAUGAGAGAAAGGUAAAUGGGGGAGACGGCGAUUAGGUUAUUCAGAGGAUGAGAAAGCUGUGUGCGCUUUGGCUUGAGUCUCAACAAUACGUAGAUUAGGGUUAAUGGGCUGGGCUGGGAUAAAGUGAAUUAUCAGAUUGAUGGGAUUAAUGGGCUGGGCUGGGUGAAAGUGAAUUAUCUGAGUUUGGCUUCACUUCGGCUGAUGGCGCAAAACAAAAAUACGGAGUCGGAGAAUGAGUUAGCGCACAGGAAGCCCGAUCGUGAUUUUAAUUUGAAGCCUAAUCUGGCAGUGACGUGACAAUUUGAUUGGCCCUGAUUAUUUUGAGCAUGUGGCUAGCUUUAGGAAGCUUAAAAAUAGUCCCUUUUAUAUAGUGGGAUGAUAAUAUCAAAUAUCAACCGCCUCUUCAACGAGUUCAGAUUCCUAAACGAACAAGGAUUAAUCCCAAUAUAUAUAUGGAGAUUAGAAAACAUUAUUUAGCACAUACAUCUACAUAACCCUUUGCCUUGUUGAUCAAGAAGACUCAACAAAAAAAAAAACCUACCUCACGUUAUACCCUUUUAGAUUCCCUCUGAAACCAUGGCGGUCGGAUACGGACCUCCGAUCUAUCCUCCUGCACAAACCUACCACAGCCAAGCCCGACGCGGCGGCGAAGUAGGUUGCAGCGUCUGCCGCUGCUUCUUAAACUGCCUCGGUUGCUGCGGCGGUUGCAUCCUAAGCAUCGUCUGCAACAUCCUCAUCGGUAUAGCCGUUUGCCUCGGAGUCGUCGCUUUGAUCCUCUGGUUCAUACUCCGACCCAACGUCGUGAAGUUCCAAGUCACGGAAGCUAAUUUAACGAGAUUCGAUCUCGAACCACAGAGCAAUAGACUACAUUACAACCUCUCGUUGAGUUUCUCGGUUCGUAACCCUAAUCAACGUCUCGGGAUACAUUAUGAUCGGUUAGAGGCGAGGGGUUAUUACGGUGACCAGCGUUUUGCUGAGGUGGAUAUGAAGUCGUUUUACCAGGGACGUAAGAGUACGAAGGAGAUUGGGACGGAGUUGAACGGAGAGAGUUUGGUUUUGCUGGGUUCCGGUGGCCGGAAGGAUCUCAGGGAGGAUAGGAAGUCUGGGGUUUACAGGAUCGACGUGACGCUGAGGUUUAAGAUCAGGUUUAAGUUUGGGUUUUUGAACUCGUGGGCCUUUAAGCCCAAGAUUAAGUGUCAUCUCAAGGUUCCGUUGAGUUCCUCUGGUUCCACCGGAGGGUUGCAGUUUCAUCCUACCAAGUGCCACGUUGACCUCUAAAACAAUUUCACAAUUUAUUUUUCUACUUGUUUUUUUUGUUUCUUCUUUUCUUCAUUUGCUUGUUUUUUUUUCCUUUUACUAUUAGUCUAUUACUAAUCAACUUUUUAUUUUGUCGAUAAAUUUACUUUUACUUGCUUUGAUAGUUUGAUUUGUAUUUAUUUUGCUCCUUUGCUUACUUCAUAUGUAUCAAGUUAUUUCAAACAAUCUUGGGUUAGUAUCUUGGUGUUAUAUCUUCCAAGCAGUACUUACUUGAUUUCAUUGUUUUCCUUCUAUAGUCCUUGUUAUAUUCACUAGAAAGUAGAAACAUUGUCAGUAGUUAGACACAUUGUAUUGGGAAAUUAUCUCAGACUUCCAAACCAUAAGUUGAAAACGUCUAUCAUCAUGUGAACUACUAUGCCAUUGGUAUUAAGCUCAGACAAACCAACUCCAAAAGGAAUCUUUUUAGAAGUUAGUCAAAAGAAACAUCAAUGUCAUUUGUAUCAGGUUGAUGCGAUAUCCUGGAUAAAGUUACUAAUUACAUAUUAAAUAUCUAUAAGAAAGCGAAUCCUAUGACAAAGUAGACUCUAUGUACAAACUUAUGGUUUAAGUUAUUAACUCCACUUAGAAGAAAGAACAAAUAAUAAGAGGAAACUGCAUCACCAAGAUAAAAGAAAAGGUUAAAGGUAAUUAACCAAAUGAGCCAAUAGUGAACUGCCACGUAUACAGGCAGAGCGUCACGGACCACGGUGAUGAUGUGGUGGGCUUAAAGUGACAGUCGUCAUUAUGACAGACCGCGUGGCAUCACUAUUUUCAGUUUCUCACCAAAUGCCUCUUUUUCUGAUCAGUUAAUCAAAAUGUUCAUCAAGUGGACCCUUAUGAUAACGUUGAUAUGUCGAAACCGUAGACAAAGUUUUAUACUUGGCAUUAAGCUUUACGUUCGACUCCUUCACUUUAUUUGGAUUUUAGUUCAGCAAUAAUGUGAUCGGUUUGGAUAAAUCUUCAACAGACGUUGGUGAUUAGAUCAUCUCCAACGUAAAAUUCUAUUUUUUCUUUCAAAAUGAAGUAAAAGUGAAAACGGAGUAAAAUUACUCCAACGCUAUUCCAUUUUCUACUUUAUAAUAGAAUGAUGAACAAACAAAAAAUAGAUUACUCCAUGUAUGAAGUAAUUUUCAUUACGGAGUGAGAUAUAAAGUUGGAUUGAACAUUCCUUAUUCCAUAUUCACUUUUAUUCCAUUUUAAAGGAAAAAAUAGAAUAUAAAUGGAAAUGCCCUUAUUUAUCUUCGAGAAUCUAAGAUUUCGUUUCAGUAGGAUUGGUUAAGAUUUUAGAGAAUAUGAGUUAAAGAUUUUUUUUUAUUAACCGUUUUGAACUUUAGAUUUAUAAUCUCUCACAGAUUUUAAGCUAAUUUUGAAAUUUCGGUAACCAAUCAUGUUCUCUUAUUACUAGGUUAUCAACAUUUUGGAUUUUUUAUUUUUAAUGUAACAAACGUGACCAAAGCUUAAGCUAUAAAAUUUGAUACAUAGAUAAUGUCCAUGGAUAAUGUGAGAAAAUACUACUAUUUAUACUAUUAUUGUUGUUCAGAGGAGAUUGGUAGCUCUAACUCCGAUGUAUUAAGCACGAGGCUCUGUACGGUCCAACACUCCAGCUGGAUAGCAUAACUACUCCUAGGCACACUCUAACCUACGCCUCCCAUACAAAGCGCACGCUAGCAUGACGGUUAUUCCAUCGCCGGCCGGUUUUAUUGUUAACCGGCGACGCCAAUUUCGAAUUAUAUAACAGAAACACGAUUCGCGAUUUUUGAGUUUGAACGAACGAAUCAACAUGCAAGUGACGAAGAUAAUUAUUCUACAGGAAGACGAUGAAGCAAA